AUGAGCUGCUUAUUGACGACAGCUCAGUGCUGCCUCCAGAGGUCAAACUCUCCACGAGGAACCUUUAACUCAGAGAGUUUUCCUCCCUCAGGUCUGGAGCAGAAGGUGGUCGCUCUGUCUCAGCUGAAGGUUAAAGGUGUGGUGGUCGGGCCGCUCCACGUCGCUCCGCCUGAUGAAGCCGUGAGCCUGAGGUUUGAAGAGAUUUCUCCGAAGGUUGGAAACCGGGAGCAGUUCAAAGGUUUCAUUCAGGCGGCCCACAAGAAGGGUAUUUCUGUGGUUCUGGAUCUGACUCCAAACUACCAGGGAACAUCUGGACCCUGGUUCUCCAACACCAGUGUGACCAACGUGGCAGAGAGACUGAAGUCUGCUCUGGUGUUCUGGUUGGAUGAAGGUGUGGACGGCAUCCAGCUGUCGGGGGUGGAGCGUGUUUCCACCGUGGUGCCAUCUCUGUGGACCGACAUCCGAACCAUCGUCCAGAAUGGGACGGAGAAGCGUCCCGACAAAAGAGUUCUGAUCGGGAUCACAGAUCGAUCCUCGGUUGAGGACGUGUCCUCCCUCCUCUCCUCCACUGGUGUCGACCUCCUGAUCUCCAGAGUUCUCCGUCCUAGAGACUCAGAUGCCACGGAGCGUGCUCAGUCGGUCCAGCACCUGUAUUCGUCCCACAGCCAGAUGAAGUUGGCGUGGAGCCUGGGGGGUCAGAAGGAGGGUCACCUGGCGUCGCUGGUGGGCCCGGCUCUGGUGAAACUGUAUCAGCUGCUGCUGCUCACUCUGCCGGGGACGCCAGUCUUCAACUACGGAGACGAGAUCGGUCUGAUGGACGAGGACACCAAGUUUCCCAAGAUGCUUUGGGACUCUGAUGACGCACAGAACGAGACUCAACAGGAGGAGAGGUCCGAGCGUCUGUCCUGUCGCAGUUUCUUCCAAAGUCUGAGCGAGUUGCGAGGUAAAGAGCGCUCCCUGCUGUUCGGGGACUUCGUCCUCCUCUCUAACUCCUCCUCCUCCCUGGUGUACCUGCGGGUCUGGGACCAGAGCGCUCGUUACCUGGCCGCCUUCAACUGGGCGGAGGAGGCGACGCAGCUGCAGCUGAGCGAUGUGACGCUGCCCCAGCACGCGGGGGUGGUCCUCAGCACCAACAGCAGCGCCCUGCCAGCAGAGAGCAGGGUGGACCUGAACAACCUGCGGCUCGGCCCCGGACAGGCCGCACUCCUCAGGUUUCCCUACACUGGAUAGAGGCUUUAUCUGUUUACACUGAAAAUGAUGAUUCAAGCCUGAGCCAGACUGGAUCCUAAAUCCAUCUAUCUAUCCAUCUUUCUAUCUAUCUAUCUAUCUAUCUAUCUAUCUAUCUAUCUAUCUAUCUAUCUAUCUAUCUAUCUAUCUAUCUAUCUAUCUAUCUAUCUAU